AUGGUUCUUGAAAGGUUUAAAUUAUUCGGUGCAUCAGCACUUUUUACUACUCUAGAGAAACGAAAUAUUCUCAUUUAUAUCAUUGGUAUAAUGCUAUAUAAAUUUGGUGUGGAAGCAUUUAAUGGUGCUAUUGUUACACUUGCUACAAAUCGUUAUGAUCAAGAUGCAUACGAAACUGUUACAUUGACACGUACAUUUCAAAGCGUUGGAUUACUUAUUGGUCUUAAUCAAGCAUCACAAUGUAUUGGUUCAAUGUUAAUUGGUCCACUUAUUAAACGUUGCCGAACACAAAUGGUUCUUUCAGCAACAAUAUUUAUUUUUGCAUUAUCAACAGCCAUUUUUAUGGUAGUUGAUGUUAUAACUGGUGGAAGUAUAAAACCAAAAAAUUUUGUAGCAAAACAUAAAAAUGAUUUUAGUUAUUAUGGUGAUUAUCGUACUGAUAUAAUUAUACCAAUCUAUUGUCUAUCGGGUGUAACAUUUGGAAUGGUUGAAUCAAUUCGACGUGUUAUUCCAGCUAAUAUUGUUGGUGAUAAUAUUGUUAAAUUACGAAAAAUGAAUGCUUUAGUUCAUAUUUUUUAUGAAAUUGCUGGUGUUAGUGGAGCAUUAACAACUGCUCUUGUAUUAAUUCCACAUUUAGGAAAUAAUCAUGCAUUUAUUAUAACACCUGUUUUAUUUGUUACAUCAGGUUUAAUUUGGUUAUUCAUUCAUUCCGUUCAAAAUAAGACAAAUAUUGACGACAAUGAAAUUUCAUCACAUGUAAAAAAAACAAAAGUAAAUUAUUUCAAAGCUAUUGCUUUAACACUUUUCUCUUUUCUACAAUCAAUUUAUACUGGUGCAAAAAUUGUUUUUACUAGUCGAAAAUUUAUUUGGUUAUUUGCUGUUUAUCCAUUAGCUGUUUAUUCACAUAGAUAUAUUGAAAAUAGUAUUGCUCCACAAGUUGCACAACGUUUUUUACAACAUUCAGAUUGGUCACAAAUACUUGUUGGUGGUUCUAAUCUUGGAGAAUUGUUUGGUGCUCUAUUUGUUUUUUAUUUUAAUGAUACAAUGAAAAGUCCGAUAUUAUGGGUACGAUUAGAUGCAUUAAUGUUAUUUGUUAUAUGCAUCAUUAGUUCCAAUUGGAUUUGCUUCAGCUGUUGGUGA